CAGGGCAAAACUUGCCGUUGGAGAAUAACCUCAAAAUUCUCCUCCUCCCUCUUGCCCCACACACACAUCACAUUGUAAAAAUCAAAUCAAAGCCAAAAAAAAAAAAAAAACAAAAACAAAAGCUUUCCUUUAAAAAAAAAAGUAAAAAAUAAUAAAAAAAGACAACAAGUCAUUGCCUUCAUCAUAUUCAAACACAGGGGGUGGUGGUGCUAUGAAGAAUUUGUCAUCAGAGGAGUUAGAUUCAUAUUAUCCUGUUAGGCCUGAAUGCCUAGCUGAUGUUCCCAAGACCCGCUUUAAAGCAAGGGUAGGAAAAACUCUUAGUGAAAGAAGAUGGAAAGCUGCAUUCUCUAAAGAGGGUUAUUUGGAUAUAGCUGGUGUUCUUCGUAGAAUACAACGAGGGGGGAUUCAUCCAUCAAUUAAAGGGGCAGCCUGGGAGUUCCUGUUGGGUUGUUUUGACCCUGAAAGCACAUUUGAGGAAAGAAAUCAGCUUAGACAACAAAGAAGGGAGCAGUAUGCUGCAUGGAAAUCUGAAUGUCAAAAGAUAGUGCCUGUUAUCGGCAGUGGAAAAUUCAUCACUAGUGCUAUAGUCUCUGAUGAUGGGCAACCUAUAGCAUCUGAUGAUGGACAACCUAUAGCAUCUGAUGAUGGACAACCUAUGGAGUAUGCAGCUAGUACCAGUAAUUCACAAGAUAAUAAUGAUGCCAUGCCAGCUGAUAAUGGUGAUUAUGACAAGAAAAUGCUUCAGUGGAAGCUUAGCUUGCAUCAAAUUGGUUUGGAUGUUGUUCGAACGGAUCGUACUCUUGUAUUUUACGAGAAUGAAGCUAAUCAGGCAAAACUUUGGGACGUACUUGCUGUCUAUGCCUGGAUGGAUAAAGAUAUUGGUUAUGUUCAAGGAAUGAGUGAUAUUUGCUCUCCCAUGGUGAUUCUAAUUGAAAAUGAAGCAGAUGCAUACUGGUGCUUUGAACGUGCAAUGCGUCGAUUGCGAGAGAAUUUCAAGUGUAGCACAAAUUCUAUUGGAGUGCAAUCUCAGCUAAGUACUCUAGCACAAAUUGUUAAAACCGUCGAUCCAAAGCUUCAUCAACACCUGGAGGAGCUAGAUGGUGGCGAAUAUCUGUUUGCAUUUCGCAUGCUGAUGGUACUUUUCCGCAGGGAGUUCUCGUUCGUUGAUUCCCUCUAUCUUUGGGAGGUGAUGUGGGCCAUGGAAUACAAUCCAAACAUAUAUUCAUCAUAUGAUGACAAAAGACAACCCCUUCUUUCUGAAUUGUUGUAUGAUGAUAAACCGAAUGAUAAGCAUAAACUAAAGGAAUAUGGGAAGUUUGAAAGGAACAAUUUGAAAACUGGUGCGGCAGAACAGAACAGUGCUCUUGCUGUUUUCCUGGUUGCAAGUGUUCUAGAGACCAAACAUAGGCGACUUAUGAAAGAGGCAAAGGGCCUAGAUGAUGUUGUACAGAUCUUGGGUGAAAUAUCUGGGAAUUUGGAUGCUAGAAAAGCAUUAGAUGAGGCAUUGAAGGUUCAUAAGAAGUACUUGAAACAGGCUAAAAAAUCGUAGUUGGAGUUGCUAGUGGUCACUGCAGCAAGCACCUCCUGUGAUUAAAAUCUUGUUUUCAUUUUUGUUUUUUCACUUAAUUUAUUUUUUUGGGAUUUUAUCCUCUUGCUUUUUAAUAUUUUUUCCUUUUCUUAGAGGUGUAAUUCCUCUUUGAGUUGAUGAUUCAUGUCUGUCUUCUUUCUUUUGGUUCUUGUUCUACAGCUCUAUAAGAAAGAAGAGCAUGUAUAUAAGUUUUGAUAUGAAAUGUACAUGACAUGUUUUUUGAUCCAAGUAUUUAAUCAACUCCAGUGUCCAGAA